UGCGCGGCUGCUGAUUGGCUGCCGAGGACGGAAGCUCUGUUGGUGUGUCUUCAGAAGUUUCCCCCCCCUGGGCCGCGGCAGAGGUGGUAACCAAGGUAGAAAACGCUCGGGCCGAAGCUUUAGUGGCUCUUAGGGAUGGCGGCACCUGCAGCAGGAUCUGCAACGUCCCAGCGGUUUUCCCAGAGCUUCUCAGAUGCUCUGAUCGACGAGGACCCCCAGGCGGCGUUAGAGGAGCUGACUAAGGCUUUGGAACAUAAUCCAAAGGAUGCACAGUAUUACUGUCAGAGAGCUUAUUGUCACAUGCUUCUUGGGAAACACCUUGAUGGUAUUGCUGAUGUAAAGAAGUCUCUUGAACUCAAUCCAAAUAAUCCUACUGCUAUCCUGAGGAAAGGGAUGUGUGAAUACCAUCAAAAAGACUACGCUUCUGCUUUAGACACUUUUAUAGCAGGACAAAAAUUAGAUAGUAAGUAUUAGAAGUACAUUUCAUAAAUGACUCUC